AUGAGAGGUUCACCACAAUUGCAUGCCUUAAUAUGGACAACUGAUUGUCCAGAGUUAGCGAAUGAUACAAAAGACGCAUACAUAGAUUACAUUGACCAACAUGUGCAAGCAUACCUCCCAGACAAAGAAACAGAUCCUCAACUUUUUGACUUGGUGAAAACAUACCAGACACAUGAUCACAGUAAAACCUGUAGAAAGUAUAAGAACGUUUCAUGUAGAUUUAAUUUUGGACAGUUUUUUACUGACAAAACAAUUGUUGCUGAACCUUUGGCAGAAGAUAUGGAUGAGGAGAUUAAAUCCAAUAUUCUGACCAGACGAAAGGAAAUUUUGUCUAACGUUAAACAAAAAAUUGAUGUUGUGCUAAACCCAAGCAAACCUACUUAUGAUCCAUUUGCAACUCCAACUGACAUCCUAAAUGAUAUAGAUAUUACAGAGCAAGACUAUCAAUGGGCUAUAUCAUUAUCUCCAGACUCUGACUAUGAAUUGCACCUCAAAAGACCAAUAAACAGUUGUUUUAUCAACAAUUACUUUAUUGCCGGGUUAAAAGGAUUUGCCGCAAAUGUCGACUUGCAACCAGUGUUUAAAAAUCAUUAUAAGUGUAUCACAUACGUUUGUUCUUACUUUAUAAAGGAUGAAACUGAAUGUUCUCAAGCCAUCAUAAAUGCAGCAAAAGAGGCUAAAGAAGCCAACGUAAAUGUCAGAGAUGGCUUAAGUCAAAUAGGUGCAGCUUUUCUCUCGACUCGUGAAGUCAGUGCUCAAGAAUGCGUUUACAGGUGUAUGCCAGAACUCUGGUUAAGAAAAAUAUUCCCGAAAACUCUCUUUGUUAGCACGGAUUUUGCUGAAAAUCGGGUUAGAUUUGCGAAGAAACAACAAGAACUUGAUGAGUUAGAUGAUGAUAGUACUGACAUUUUUAAGUCUAACAUUAUUGUCCGUUACAGUGACAGACCGAAAAACAUUCCUGUCAUUAAAGAUAUGUGCUUAGCUUUAUUUGCUGCUCACUAUUUCAAAGAUUACAAAAGUGAUUUUAACGAAGUAUCUGAUUCUCAACCUGAAGUGUUAAACGAUGACUUUAUGGAAUCUCAAAAUAUCGAAAAUCAUAACACUGGACAUCCCGAUCGAAUAAAACUUGUAAACAGCAAAGAAAUUAUGAAGUGCCGAAGAAUUAAAGCUCAUUCGAUAUCACACUCCAAACGAAAGAAAAGAGCUUGA